AUGGGGGAUCUUGGUUGCGGAAGAAAGAAGGCGCUUCUGGAGGAAAGGGAGCAGCAACUUAAAGCGUAUCAUGCAGCAAGGUGGGACAGGCUGCACCUGCAAGCUAGUCUUAUGGCGGAACUUACCGGGGAAAUUGCCUCCAAGCAUCUCUCCGCUAAGGUCCGCGCGCGGAAGGCGAGAACGCAGAUUGCGGAGCUGAAUGUUGGCGGGACCACGGUUGGCGGGCCUAGACCGGUGCUGGAGGCUGCAUUGGUUUUCUUCACGAAUAUCUUCGGGCGGGAUCGCAGGACGGAUUUUACAAAAUGGAAGGUUAUCCCGAACCGGUGCCUGCAGGAGGGGCUGGCGACUUUCCUGGAAGCCGACUGGAGAGAGGAGGAGGUUAAGAGAGCAUUCGCAGCAAUGGCGAAAAGAAAAUCCCCGGGGAGCGAUGGGCUGCCGAAAGAGUUGUUCGAGGUUCAAUGGGACCUAUUGGGUGGGAGCUUCAUGGCCAUGGCGCGUAACUUCCAGGCGUCUACUUCGCUGCAUGGUGCCAGGAGCAAGUGCCACGCAUCGUCGUCUUGCAAGGACUGGCACUUGCUCCUUCAUGGAAAACUGCAUUCUCUUUCAGGCAACAUGCAAGGAUCUAUACUCGGAAGUUGGGCUCGGCGCGGCGCAAACAGUUGCGCUGCACUUUGUGAAGGAGCAGAACAUGCUUCAUAG